AUGAUCUUCAAGGUGAGCAGAAGGGUCUCCAAAAAGAGAGCACAGGUCGAUGGUGAACAAUCGAAGCCAAGCGCGCGCACUAGAACAAGCGCGUCGAUGUCAGCACUUGUCGAAGCCAAGAAGACGAGUCCUGAAGAUAUCGGGAAAUGGCGAAAGCUGAAGUCGCGGCUGAAGAGAUGGACCAAAGCAGUAGAGUCAAUGAAGAUGAAGCUAUGGCAGAGAAAAGACUACUCCUACUCAAUAUUCACAACCUCGCUCAGCAGUAACGAGUUGGCCAAUAUUCGGACAGGCCCAAAUCACUAGCACUUUGGGGGAAGCCCUUAGGGUCUGGAGGUUGGGGGGAGG